AUGAUGAUGAAGAAGAUGCUUGUUCAGAUCGCAUUGUUCUGUUUAUUGGCGACGAUCGCCGCCGUUUCCGCCCAAUCAAGUCGCGUUCGCAGCGGUACUGCUGCACCGGCACCGGGACCGUCAUCUAGCUCAACUCUUUUUUCGGCCACCAAUAUGUUCACCGGUUUGGCUUUUGCCGCCGUGGCUCUUGUUCUUGGUCUCUACCAUUGA